AACGCAGCAUUGGGUCCAUCCUGGCAUCUCACUCCAGUUGUCGAGCCGAGGAGGGCCGACUGACGACGGCGACACGCCGAGGGGCUUCUUCGAUGUCCUAGGUUAAACGUAACCUCCUGGUUUGGCGCUUGGCGUGGUAUUUCACCCCUGUAAAGGACUAAACGGAGGCAUCAUGGCAGAAGCCCACCAGGCUGUGGCCUUCCAGUUCACAGUCACCCCAGAGGGCAUUGAUCUAAAGCUGUCCCAUCAGGCCCUCACCGAGAUCUACCGCUCUGGCCUUCGUUCUUGGAAGAAGCGUGUCAUUAGGCUUAAGAACAGUGUGAUAACAGGAGUGUAUCCCGCCAGCCCCUCCUCCUGGCUUUUUGUCGUCAUUGCAAUUCUGGCCACCAUGUACACUCGCUCUGAUCCCUCCAUGGGACUUAUAGCCAAGAUACAAGAGCACCUGCCUGUCAGCCAGUCUAUGAGCACCCAGUGUCAGGCGGUGCUGUCAGCAGUGCUCUUCAGCACAUUACUUUGGCUCCUGCUCAUCUUCACCAUGCGCCUGUGCCUCAAGCAGCUCCUGUCCUACCACCGCUGGAUCUUCGAGCAGCACGGCAAGAUGUCCAACACCACUAAAGUCUGGGUGGCACUGGUGCGUAUCUUCUCUGGCCGAAAGCCUCUACUCUACAGUUACCAGGGCUCACUGCCAAACCUGCCUUUACCCACCACCAAGGACACAGUCAAAAGGUAUCUGGAGUCAGUGCGUCCGCUCAUGGAUGACGCUGAGUAUGAGCGGAUGACUAAGCUGGCUGGCGAGUUUGAGAGCCGCCUGGGCAAUCGACUUCAGUGGUACCUCAAACUCAAAUGUCUGUGGGCUGCCAACUAUGUUAGUGACUGGUGGGAAGAAUAUGUCUACUUGCGAGGACGGAGCCCGAUAAUGGUCAACAGUAACUACUAUGGCAUGGACUUCCUGUAUGUGACCCCGACACCUAUACAGGCAGCCCGUGCAGGCAACACUAUCCACGCAUUCUUCCUAUACCGCCGCAAACUCAACAGAGAAGAGCUCAAACCUAGUCGUAUACCCGGCACUGUCAUUCCUCUGUGUGCGGCUCAGUGUGAGAGGAUGUUCAACACCACACGCACUCCCGGAGAGGAGACGGACACAGUUCAGCACUGGCAGGACAGCGACUAUGUGGCUGUAUACCAUAGAGGACGCUACUUUCGGCUCAGGUUGUACCAGGCGGGUAGACUCCUGUCCCCCAGGGAGAUUGAAUUCCAGAUUCAGAGGAUUCUUGAUGACCCUUCCUCUCCCUGCCCUGGAGAAGCUAAACUUGGUGCUCUUACUGCUGGCGAAAGAAUUCCAUGGGCUCAAGCCAGGAGCAAAUACUUCAGCUGCGGAACCAACAAGCGCUCACUUGACUGUAUUGAGAAAGCUGCGUUUUUCGUGACCCUAGAUGACGACGAGCAAGGCAUGAUGGAAGAUGACUCAUCUGCGAGUCUAGACCGCUAUGCUAAGUGUUUGUUGCAUGGGAAGUGUUAUGACAGGUGGUUUGAUAAGUCUUUCUCAGUGGUCUACUUCAAGAACGGUAAGAAUGGCAUCAAUGCGGAGCACUCGUGGGCCGACGCACCAGUGAUAGCGCACCUGUGGGAGUACGUCCAGGCCACUGACUGUUUCCAGCUGGGCUACAACAAAGAGGGUCACUGCAAAGGAGACGUGGAUCCAUCUCUUGCACGACCUCAGAAGCUCAACUGGGAAAUCCCUCCAGAGUGCGAGCAGCAGAUCUCUCGCUCCCUGGCUGUGGCCCAAGCCUUAGCAGACGACGUAGACUUCCAUGUGAUAUCCUUCCGAGACUUUGGUAAGGGAAAGAUCAAGAAGUGCAGAGUCAGUCCAGAUGCGUUCAUUCAGGUGGCUCUUCAGUUGGCCUACUUUAGGAAUCGGAAGACAUUUUGCCUCACCUAUGAGGCCUCCAUGACCCGUCUAUUCAGGGAAGGCAGGACCGAGACAGUUCGCUCCUGCACCAAUGAGAGCAGUACCUUUGUCAGAGCGCUAGUGGGUGGAGAAUCAGCAGAAGUCUGCAGGCAUUUGUUCCGCGCUGCUUCAGAGAAGCACCAGCUUCUUUACCGAAUGGCAAUGACCGGCGCUGGUAUCGACAGACACCUCUUUUGCCUCUAUGUCGUGUCCCAGUACCUUGGAGUGGAGUCACCGUUCCUUAAAGAGGUUCUGUCAGAGCCAUGGAGGCUGUCCACCAGUCAAACAUCCGUCCAGCAGGUAGAGCUGUUUGACCUAGUGAACCAUCCUGAGUACAUUUCCUGUGGAGGAGGCUUUGGGCCGGUGGCUGAUGAUGGUUAUGGUGUGUCUUACUACAUUUUGGGUGACAAUUUGAUCAACUUCCACAUCUCCUGCAAGCACUCGUGCCCCGACACUGAUGCUCAUGAGUUUGGCUUUCACAUCAAAAAGGCCUUGCACGACUUGCUGGAGCUGAUGAGCCCCGACCAGAAAGAGCCCAGCAAAAGUGAAGAGAGUCGACCUGAAUUCAAGAAAAACCUUUAGUUCGAGGAGAAGAGAAAUUAGAUGCUGAAGGGAAAGUGUUUUUUUACACUUGCUGAUGGAGGAAAGCCUGGACAUAUUCUCAUGUAGAGGGAGUGGGUAACAAACAAAUAACACAUUUAACCGGCCUGUUGAGAAGGGAGUUCAGUUGGGCACAAGGGAGCUGAUGUUUUUAUUACAUCUGUAAUUAUAUAGUAUGGUAAGGUCCACAGAAUAACAGUGCUUUCAUUUCAGUGGGGGAUAAUGAUUUCCUGUUAUUUUAAGUUAUUUUCUUAAAAUAAUACUUGGAUUUUUGUUUCAUACAGGGGCAUGUUUGUUUUGUUGCUACUUAAAGCUUUGACUAUUUGUGCUUCUGUUUGCCUGGAAAUGGUGUCGUGUGUUGUAACUCUGAUGGCAACAGGCAUCCAAAACAUUCCUUUUUUUUGCUUCAUACUACGCUGAAACGUGGCUUUUAUUUUUAUAAGCAUUCAGGUUUUUUUCAUCAGGCACUUAAAUCACUCCAUUUCACCCAUAUGAAUAUGUUUUGUAUUGAUUUUUUUUAAUUCUCUGCAAUUAUAUGUAUAAGCACCAAAACAAUGCAACGUAUAUUUUCAAACAUGUGCAGGCCUAAAGGAUUAUUAAUGUAAACCGUUAGUUUGAAAAGUAGGUGUGUUACCAUGGAAACAGGAAGCUCGAUUGACUUAGUUUUGUGUUUAUAUUGCUAUUGUCUGACUUUUUAUGCAAUUACAAAUUAUAAAGAUGUUGUGUAAGAAACAA